AUGUUGAGAAAUUUUACAAAGAAAAAGGACUUGAUUCGAUCAGGUGCCACAAGAUUCGCCACUGCCUAUUUGAUUCUCACUUGUCUUCAUGAUAAUAAAGAACCAUUGAUGACUAUGUUUACUUCUGAUGCUUGGAAGACAGCUAAGGUUACAUCAACGCUUGAAGGAAUAAGAGUCCAAAACACGGCCUUGGAUAGUAGGCUAUUGAAGAAUAUUGUCAUAUGCCUCAAGACUGCUGCUCCUCUCAUUACAGUCCUUCGCUUAGUAGAUACUGAUGAAAAACCAGCCAUGGGUUUCAUAUUUGAAGGCAUGAGAAAAUCCAAAGAAACAAUCAAGACUAACUUCGGUUGUGUUAAAAAGAGUUAUGAACCUAUAUGGAAAAUUAUUAAUGGAAGGUGGGAAAGCCAAGUGCAUAGGCCAUUGCAUGCUGCUGCGUAUUAUCUUAAUCCUCAUUAUCACUAUGAACCUAAUUUCAUGGUUGAUGAUGCUAACAUUAAGAUUGGUCUAUAUAGUUGUUUAAGAAAAUUGGUUCAUACAAAGAGAAGAAAUCAGUUGCAUCAAAAGAAAAUGAAUGAUUUAGUGUAUGUGAUGUAUAAUUUGAAGUUAAAGGGCAAGCAAAUUAGAAAAACUCUAGAACUUGAAUUUGAUGCAGUGCAUUCUGAUGAUGAUGUUAAUGAGAAUCUUGCUGAAAGUGUUGAGCAUUCUCACUUGCCAACGAAUGACAAUACUAAUGAUGAUCCAAAUAGUAAUGAAUUUGCUAUUCCAAGUAUGAAUAGUAAUGAAUUCAACAUGGGUGAGAGAGGUGAGAAUGAGUUCAUUGGGGAUCCACAACAAAAUUUAAUGGAGGAAGAAGAUGAACAUGUGAAUGAUGAUGAUUUUAUUGGCCGUAUCGAACCUGAACCUGAAAGACAUGAUGUUUCUGAUGAAGAUGGUGAAGAUGAUGAUGUUGAUGCCAUGGAAGAUGAAGAUAUUGGAGUAUUUCAGUUUUAG